AUUGCAUAAGUGACGAGGUCGAACAUACACAACUGCGGAUAAAUUUACCUAAAGAAGUGAACCAGAAACAUUCUAGAAAUGGGUUGUCGAGGCUGCCUAGCCAGAUUGGGCCUCUUUAUCUUCAACUUUAUUUUCUUGUCAUUUUCGUCGGGAUGUUGACCAAGAACAACGUAAUCCAGCAUAUUGUGACGUUGGACUCCAACGAGAGCGCUUUUAACACUGCAGCCACUGUGCUAAUCAUCUUCGGCGUCGUAAUCCUGAUGUUUGCUGCCUUCGGCUUCUUUUUCGUCUGUCUUCCGAAAAGAUGUUCUGGAGGAAAACAGUUAUUCGGCGGACUGUACAUCAUCUUCCUGUCGCUGGUGCUAAUAGGUGAACUGGGAGGUGAAAUUGCAGCUGCAGUUUUCAAGGGGAAGUUAGACGAUCAGUUGCCGGACAUUCUGAAAAAGUCGCUGGGUUCGAAUUAUAAGGAAGGCAAUAAUCUGCAGGCAAAGGCUUGGGACUUUGUUCAAGUGUUGUUAACGUGUUGCGGCUCAAAAGGACCACAGGAUUACUAUGGAACAAGUUUCAACAACACGAACAGACACGUACCAGACACUUGCUGUGUCCUGACCAAUAAAGAUCCGGAACAUCCCAAUGUAAAGAACUAUUUUGAAUGUCAAUUUGAGGCCUAUCAGAUACAACAUAAUGUUACUUCUAACUCUUCUGAUUUCAUCCAUAAAGAGGGUUGCUUUACUUCAUUUGAAUCGCAAAUUAAUGGUCACCUUGCUCAGUUAGUCGGCAUUGGAGUGGCUAUUGUCAUGCUGGAGUUGCUGGGUAUUGUACUGGCCUGUUACGUGUGCAGAAAGGGAGACGACAACGACCCUGAUAAUGAUAAAAGAUCUAAAGCACGCUCCCACAAUCGGAAUCUGACACCAUAUACCAGACGCAACGGCAACCUAAAUAAUGGUGAGGGCGUUGAUAAUAAAACGAAUAGUGGUCCAUCUAAUGCCAACUACCCUGAUAAUGAUAAAAGAUAUAAAGUACGCUUCCACAAUGGGAAUCGGACACCAUAUACCAGACUCAACGGCGACCUAAAUUAUGGUGGCGGUGUUGAUAAUGAAACGAAUAGUGAUGCAUCUAAUGCCCCAUAUGUUGUUGGUCCGGAUGAUGGUAACCCGGAUGGUGAUGGCCUGGAUGUUGGUAACCCGGAUGGUGAUGGCCCGGAUGUUGGUAACCCGGAUGAUGAUGGCCCGGAUGUUGGUAACCCGGAUGGUGAUGGCCAGGAUGUUGGUUACCCGGAUGGUGAUGGCCCGGAUGUUGGUAACCCGGAUGGUGAUGGCCCGGAUGUUGGUAACCCGGAUGGUGAUGGCCCGGAUGUUGGUAACCCGGAUGGUGAUGGCCCGGAUGUUGGUAACCCGGAUGGUGAUGGCCCGGAUGUUGGUAACCCGGAUGGUGAUGGCCCGGAUGUUGGUAACCCGGAUGAUGUUUGCCAAGUUGUUACGAACCCGUGGUAUGGAAUGCCAUCAUUUGUGCCUUUUGAUCAAACGCAUGAUGAUAGAAUUUUGAGGGAAAUGCCAUCAUCACUGCGUGACGAACUCAAUACACUAUGCUCCAGAAUUGGUAAUAAUUUUGUUUAUAAAAAAGAUGUUGAUGACGUUAUGAUGGAAAUGCCAUCAUUUGUGCGAGACAAACUCAAAAAACUAUGCUACCAACUGCAUAUCGAUGUUUCUGAAAAAAAGGCUUGUGAUUGCCUAAUUAGGCAAACACUAUUAUCUGUGCAUAAAGAAAAUAAUGAAAAAAAUUUAUAAUAUAAUUAAUUCUAUUUAAUGUAUGUAAUAUGCUUAACUUAUAUACGACAACGUUUGCAAGGGCAUAUUAAAUAAGGCAACUAACAAUUAGUUUGUGAAUACAUUAAUAGAACAAUUUUUGUUUAACAACGUAUGCGAUAUUUUUAACCAGAAUCAUGUAUGAACUGAUAAGAUCAAAGUGACGAAAGUCUAAUAGCAGUAGCCCUAUGACAUCAUUCCAAAGACUGGGCGUCUUACAACUAAACGAGCCUCAAUGAUAGUAUAAUACAUAUAAUACAUAUUAAUUUUAACACAUUCUUAUUUGCCAGAUUUAUAGAGCCCAUGUUCGCGAAAUGCAAUAAUUAAUAAAUUGAAAUUACCAUAAAACAUUA